AUGGUGCUCCACGUGGACAACGGGCCGAACGUGGCCGCGGCCGUCAUCACCAUGGUGAGAUGCAUCGCCUGCGCCUUCACUGGUAUUGGCGCCACCAAUGCAACUCUGGCACUGCCGGAGAACGCAGGGUAUCAGGAAAAGGGGUUGUUUUGGUUCUUCAUAUUCGAGGUGUUUUACUGUGUCAACAUCAUUCCUGUCAAGAUGUCCAUCAGUCUGGCACUCAUUCGAAUUGCCGAGAACCGAAAAGUCUAUGUUCAAAUACAGUACGCCGUGAUAGCGCUCUUCACUACCAUGAACCUCAUUGCGGGCUUUUACAUUAUCUUUCACUGCAACCCGGUCAGCGCCGCUUGGGACCCAUCUGCCCUCGAGAAUGGAGGAAAGUGUAACCCUUCGCAUUACCUGGCCGAUAUCUACUAUGCCACAACUGCCGUCAAUAUUUUUACGGACUGGGUCACCGCUUUCAUGCCCAUUCCUCUGCUCUGGAACGUCCAGCUGAACCGAAACACCAAGGUUUCGGUUGUCUGCUUGCUUGGACUGGGAUUCUUCGCGUCUAUAUCCGCCUGUGUUCGUCUCAAAUACACCGUCAACCUCACAGCUCAGGAGAACUACCUCUAUGCUCUGGCAGACAUUGUGAUUUGGGGGUACGGAGAAAACGGCCUCGGACUCAUUGUAGGCUGCGUGAUGACGCUGCGCCCACUCUUGCGCAACAUCCUGAAGCUGGGCGGCGACACGUCCAACAAACAGAGCCACGGCACCAGCAAUGCCCGCUACGGCUUCGGCUCCAGCAUGCGCCGGCGCACCUACCAGGAGUGCGACAGCGAGCAUGGUGAGAGCAGGCACCAUGUCUCGUCGUCGAACGGGUACGGCAACACCAUGACUCUGACCGAGAUCCUCGGGGGGAAGCGCAAGGAAGAAGACGUGUCUAGCUUCGAGACGGAGAGUCAGAGAAAGAUAGUGACUGGGGACGAGGAGGCGGGUGGCGGCAUCGUGGUGACGAGGCACGUCAAGCUGGCGCACAAUACGGGGGUACAUUAAUGCGCAGGGAGUACGGUAGACUUAAUCACAGAAGGGAUUGUAGGCAGUUUACGGGUUGAUGUACAUAUGGAUAACGGUUUCACCGGAUGUUACUUUUUCUUUUAC